CGCCAGUACAGCGAAAAACUUGAAAGAGGCUGUUUAUUAAAUGUGCGGUGAAUCCGAAUUCAUUGUUCAGAGACGUGAAAGCGUUGUUCUGCUGGAUUUUCAGAUAUAUUGAAAAGGACUUUGAGUGAUCUGAAGUGUACGUAUUCGUCAUUUAAAGGCCCGGAAACAGUGUGUUCUUGCGGAGAGUGAGAGGAAUUUGGCCAGAAGACAAGCUCCAGUGCAGGAUGGAAGAUCCAGUUCCUUCCACAAUGGUCUCUGGCUCUUCACAGUUUUGGCACCUGACAGAGCGGCGGCGUCGCAAAGCGGGAUCACCCAACAUUUUCCGAGGUGUGGACCUUCAGUGUCUCCAGCGGCUCUUCCGUGCAUCAGGUGAUCAGGAUGCAGACCAGCGGGCGUGGCUGGUGUGGGGCCAUAGUGAUGAGGCUGACCUGGCCCAGGCCCUAGAUGGGCUCCAGACACACAGCUGCAGGAGCAGGCUCAGAGUGGAACGGGCUCACAGCACCCUCGGGCCCAAAUGGCUCUGUGCCUUUGGCCAUCUGAGGAUCAAUGAAGGUUCAGCAGGCAGCCCUAAAGAAAAAGAAGAGGAGAAUCCCAAGGCUGAAUGCAGCACAUUUACUGGGUCAGACAAAGACCUACAAGGUUCGGGAAGUGUCCAAGAAACCACAUCUACUGCAAACAGGCCAUCAGGCUUGGAGCCUUUGGAAAGCAGGGUGACCGUCUCCCUCUGGCAUAAGGCUGGGCUCACCAGGCAGAGAAGCGGCAGAAACCCAGAGCGCUACCUUCACCGCAUCCUGCAUUGAUCAGAUACCUGGGCCACCUGAGGCAGUGUGCUUAAUCUUCCCUCCAGAGAGAAGUCUGCAGUCCAGCUGCAGCUAUAGCAAAACUGCUCUGCUCAGUCCCAUUUAUCUAUUUUGUAGACAGGAGCAUGGCACAAGUCAGUUAUUUCUCAUCUGAUAAAUCCAAAGUUAUAAAGAAACAGGAAGGUAACUUGUCAUGCUGUUGUCUUUAUUUAUUUUAAAUCUAAAUAACAAAGACAUAAUUCUCAAUCUCUUUUAACUUAUCCAAAAUGUAUAAAAUAUCUAUCAGUAAUCUGCUGGAUGAAAAUCUAACCUAAACACAGCUUUUCUACAUUCACCACCGAGAGUGAGUGGGCCAACUAAAUUGCUUCUGACAGUUUUGCUAAGAAACACUGAUGUGUUUAAAGAACUGGCCUUAUCAGUGGUUAUAAUAGACUAAAAAUUUGAUUGUCAUGGGAAACAUGCAUCCAAAAGACCUACAUUUUUUUGUUAGGGGGAAAAAAAAUCAUUGCAAUUUAUUGAAACUACUAUUCUACAAAGUUUACAUAAAAGCUAAGGCUGUGUUGAGUUGAAUAUAUUUAUCUUGUUUUUUUGUGUUCGGUAUGGUUCGCUACAUUUAAUUUUGAAACCUUGUUUUUUUUUUUUUCCCCACUGGGCUGCAAGGAUGGUCAUGGGGCUGCAGUAAUGCAGUCAUGUGAGGCUCUGUAACUGUGGGCACGUG